AUAGGAAUUGUAUAUUAUUAUUUUCUAUAAUGUAUAUUGUUAUUAAUAAUAAUACAAUAUAGGUAUAGAGAGUAUAAUAUUUGCUACUACUUACAUAUUUUAUUAUUGUUUAAAUAUAAUUACAUUUUUUAUAUUUUGAAUGUAAAAUGUAUUUACAGGCAAACAAACAAACAUUAAAUUAAAAAAUAAAUAAACACGUGCAUACAUACAUAAAUGUGAUGUAAUGUAAUGUACUGUAAUGUAUGUAAUAUCCUAAUAAGGAUAUGGUCAUGUACCUGCAAAUAUAUUUCUUUUUCAAAAGUAAUAAGCCAUAGGCUACUUAAAUCAUAAGCUAUAUUUCUAUAAACAGUCUUACAAAUUGUCUUGACAUGUUUGCAAAUUGAUCAAGUGUUUGUGAUGAACAGCAAAAGAUGAUGGGUGAAUGAAGUGUAAAUUAAGGUGUGGCAGGAAUGAAGGUGUGACUUGCCCAUUAGAGAUCACAGAGCCCACUUAACCUUUUAAGGGCACAAGUGUUAGGACAGCCCCUUUCUGGACCUUUAGGUGGGCAGGUAUAAAUAGUGUCUUCAGUGGUUGGUCAGUAGCACAAGGAGCAGUAAUAAAGCAUUCAGCUUGACACUCAUUAUUACAUUCUCCAAUCAAAAAUCCUUGAAAGACAUGUGGACUGACUGCGUUGCUCAAGAUGGAAACUCACAGGCCAGUAAGAUUGCAGGCCGCAGGAAGAGAACCAGUUUCACCAAAAAGCACUUGGAACUUCUAAAAGUGGCUUUCAACGUGGAUCCCUACCCUGGUAUUAGUGUCAGGGAAAGUCUAUCUCAAGCCACAGGCCUUCCAGAGUCACGUAUUCAGGUGUGGUUCCAGAACAAGAGGGCCAGAACCCUAAAGAACAGAGCCACUUGGACCUCACCACAGCUGGAUAGUACCUAUCCUCUGCCCAGCCCUUUUCUACCCCCUCACAUGGCUAGUGUUGGGGCCAAUGGCCAACAGAGAGGCAUUCAAGAGGUGUCCUUCAACAUUCAGAUGGCUCCAACAUCUCCGCAGCACUUUACCUUUUCUCCAGCUGACUACAGCACACCUGCCAUUAAGCCACGGCAAAACCGGCUUAUGGGAACCAGCUCUUGUUCUCCCUCCCUUUCCUCUGAUCUGCAAGCUGUGGCAGACAGCUGGAGCUCUGGAGGAAGCGCACAGUCCUCUCCUAAGUCUACGUGGAAUCUAACAGCGCAGAGUUUUGGGAAUUCCUACAAGGAUGAGAGAAAUUUCUUCCUCUACCCACCACCUCCUUACCCUCAUGGAAGUGCCAAAGUUGGGUGUGUUAGUGGCCUGGAGUCACUUCCCACCUCUCCUGCCUCUUCUGAUUCUGCGUUUUGGGACAUGGGACAAGAAAACUGCUCUCCCUCUGUGCCAUACACCGACUGGGGAAGCCCAUGGGACAGGCACACUGAGGAGCAUUCUGUGGCCCCACUUCCAGAUCUGUCCUCUCAGUAUCUGGAGGAUGUCCUUGGGGAAAUGGAGCCAGCCUGGUGGAACUUCAAUGGCCAGAUGGAUCUACAGUAAUCUUGCAAACAUCCAUAACCUAAGGAGACAAACACUGUUUUAACAUUGGGUUUAACUUAAGGGGUAGGAUUCUUUCUUUUGGACUGCAUUAUAUAGGAAGCAUGGUAUUGUGCAAGUGCCGGUUACAGAGCAAUAUCAGAUAUCCACAUCAGACUUUUUAUUUAUAUAAUGGACUUUAUUUAUAUUUUCUACCAAGGAGUAAAUUGGAAACAGUUGCACCAGAAAGUAAUUUCGAACGUAUUUAUUCUUUAUGCUCUUUUAAGGUAUUACAGUGCAGUUGGGAUAUUUAUUUCUACAUUAAAUUAUGCUCACACAACCUAUACUGUCACUUUGUAAAAUAAUGCAUAUU